AUGGCCUUUGAGAAGUUCGAUUGUGUCAAGAUCGGGCAUUCUGUAGACAAGAUUGAUCUGUUGUCGUCGUCCAAACCUUCUCGUGGUUUUGUGGGCGACGGCGGCAGAGGCACGCUCGUGGAGUCGAAUGUCGAGGGAAGCUGCAGUAGUUGGGACAUUCUGUCAUACGCCCCGGAUGUUAUGAGAGCCGUGUUUGGAAGCACGAGAGCCGUGUUUGGAAGUAUGAGAGCCGUGGUUGGAAGUAUGAAAUUCGUGGUUGAGGAACAAGAGAGAGCCAAAGUCUUGUCCGGUAUGGAAGACCGGUAUACAUCAGAAUACAGACGGGCCUUGUCCAAGGCGGGUGUCGUCGCUCAGGUCGCGUGUCGUCGCUCAGGGCGGGUGUCGUCGCUCAGGGCGGGUGUUGGUCCGUCUCCACCUGACAAGCAUGGAUAA